AUGUUGUCAGGUACGUUGCCUUGGGAAAGUGAUAGUAGUGAUGAUGAAGCUUUGUUAUUAUUUUCGUUAAAUAAUAAUAAUAAACAAAAAAGGAAAUGGGUCCAUGAAGUAAACAUGGAACGUAAAAAGUUUGGUGAAUUUCAUCAUCUUUUAAAACAAAUACGAAAAGAUGAAUUAAAAUUUAAAGAAUAUUUUCGUAUGAGUAUGAAACAAUUUGAUCAACUUUUAUCAAUUAUUAAAAAGGACAUCGAGAAAAAGGAAUUAAAUCUCAGGGAAAGUAUUACAGCCGAGGAACGAUUAGCUGUUUGUUUAAGGUAA